AUGGAUUUUAUUAAUAAAUAUAAAUUAAUUAUUAAUAUGGAAGAACAAACAGUGUCAGUAUUUAAUAACGACAAACGAAUAGAAUUAAAGUUAGAUGUUAACGAAGAGAAUAGACGUUUUCCAGCACGUUUAAUUAAUGAUAUUCAUAUUCCACCUAAACAUACUGUUUCCGUUCCUGUAAUGAACACCUUUACUUAUGUUAAACUCUACGUUAAAUGUAAAAAAAAAACUUCCUUUAUUUCACUUUACAAUCCAACAACUUAUUCGUAUUCAUUACCACAAGGAAUUAUAUUGGGAACAACUACUAUUCCCAAAUUAUCAUUUAAUAAAAAUUUAGAUAUUGAUUAUGAAUUAGUCAAUAAAAAUAUUAGCAAUCUAAUUCAACAUAUUAAUGAUGAACAACACCAACGAGAAAUAAAAACUGUUCUUGAACAACAUGCGAAAUUAUUUGAUACUGGUAGACCAACAAUUGCCAAUACUUUACCACAUGAAAUAAAGACUCUUGAUCAUCCACCACCAACAUCUAAACCAUAUUAUUCAACACCCAUUAAACAAGAAGAGAUGUAUCGGAUUACACAAGAAUUAUUACAUUUUGAAUUAAUUCGUCCAUCUUAUUCUCCUUAUGCAGCACCAGCUUUACUCGUAGCUAAACAAGAUGGUUCAUGGAGAAUGGUGGUUGAUUAUAAGAAGCUGAAUAAUAUUACAAUUAAAGAUAAUCAUCCAUUACCAAACCUGGAACAAGCAAUACAGAUAUUAGGUGGUGGUUAUAGAUAUUUCUCAAAACUGGACAUGAAGAGUGGUUUUUGGCAAAUACCAAUUAAAGAAGAAGACAAACAUAAAACGGCUUUUAUUACGCCGGAUGGGCUUUAUGAAUGGAACGUUUUGGCACAAGGUUUGAAGAAUAGUCCACCAUCAUUCCAACGCGUAAUGGUCGAGAUUUUGUCACCAUGUCGACAAUUUUCAUUGGUUUACAUCGAUGAUAUUGUGGUCUAUUCUCAUUCAUUUGAAGAACAUCUCAAACAUAUUACACAAAUAUUAUCUAUUUUGUUACGUCAUAAUUUCCAACUUAAUCCAACAAAAUGUAACAUUUUCCAACAAGAAAUUGAUUAUUUAUCUCAUACUGUUUCUGCAACAGGUGUUAAACCAAAUGAUGAAAAAAUUCAAGCAAUUAUUAAAUUACGGGAACCUUCAACAUUAGCUGAAGCAAAUAAGUUCCUGGGUGCUAUUUUGUGGUAUCGCAAAUUCAUUCCUCAAUUCGCAAAAAUUGCAACACCUAUUCAUAAAAUAACAAAUUUAACAAAACCAAAUCGAAAAAAAUUUAAUUGGGGUGAGGAACAACAUCAAGCAUUUUUACAAUUAAAGCAAUUAUUAAUAACACGUCCUCUAUUUUUGGAUUUUCCUAAUGAUCAUUAUCCUGUUAUAUUAACAACGGAUGCAUCGAAGUUUGGUAUUAGUGGUACAUUACAACAAAUUAUUAAUGGAGAAACCAAGAAUUUAUAUUAUCAUUCUCAAGUUACUACUUCUACUCAAAGAAGAUAUGAUCCAAUUGAAUUAGAAGCUUUAGCGAUAUGGUUAUGUUUUCAACGUAUGAGAUCUUAUUUACUUGGUAGAUCUAUUAUAGUUUAUACGGAUCAUUGCCCGUUAUGUAACAUGAUGACGUCUACUGUAAAGAAUCGAAAAGUAGACCGCAUUUCUAUAUUAUUACAAGAAUAUAAUAUUGAAAAAAUUAUUCAUAUUAAAGGUCAACAUAAUUGUUUAGCUGAUUAUUUAUCUCGUCACCCUAUUCAAUACUCUCUAAAAAAAAAAGGUAUUUUCGGAAACUCAAAAUAG